AUGAGCCAGACAGCAGGAUCUAGUCAACAUCAACAAUUUCUUACAAGUUCGAAUUAUAAAAAUAAACGACAAGUACAUAAUCUUGAUUUAGAAAAUGAAUUGGUUGAAAAGCAAGCUAGUACAGAGCAUGCUUAUGAAAUAGAAGUUGAAAAAAAUACUUGCGAAAUUGGCAUUCAAACUGAUGAGUUUAGUAAUAAAAAUAUCCAUGAUAUUGGCAUACAAGUAAUUGAUAACAUGUCGCAUACCCUUGAAAAUUAUAUUAAUAUACUUCAGAUGCAAUUGAGUAUAAAAAAUGAAUGA